UUUUUUUUCUCCUUCUUUUUUGAUAAUUUUUUAUUUUUAUUUUUGUUUUUAUUUUGUGCCUGAAGAAAUGCAAGACAACAAGUGGACUUCACCACCAGAUACACCACGUAACUACAUGUCACUUCAAUCAAGCUAUCCUUAUAAUAGUAAUGAAUACCCUCCCCUCCCCCUCCCCCUUCUCAACAUGCCAACCCGACUGUCCUUCCCGGGUUAUCAAGCCAACCUCCAAUGCCAGGACUCAUGUCAAGUUCACAACCUGGUACACCCAGACCUGACAUCAUUAGCCCUCCUCCUGACAAAGUAGCCGCACCAGACCUUAUUCGAAGAAGACCUCCAUUGCCUUCAAGACCCGCUAGUUUUACGACCACUACUUUCCAUUCAAACCCUUACCCUACCAAUGUCUCAUUAAGAAGACGAAGAACUGAGUCUUCUAUGUUUUCAUUUGAAACAGGCCCAUCUUUUAGUCCAACAAAACAAAUACUCGAUUUAUGGAAUAUGGACCAAUCUAAUUCUCUGCAAAUCAAUAUAAAUGCAAAAAUGGAUCGAGGUUUCUUUCGUGCAGAUCAAGACUGGACGUGUUAUCGCCGUAAUUACUUUCAAGUGAGCGCUACAUUUGAUGUGGCUGGCAUGAAUUAUGCUCUUCAAGGACCUGAAGUUCCUUGUUUGGUCAGAACUGAAAAUCAAGAAAUUCACCAAGUUGAUUUCUUUUCAAUUGGCGUAAGUGCUCGUGUUGCUGGCAGCGAUAAAAAAAUCGAAUUAGUACAGCACACACCUAAACGCGACAAAGGUCCUCAAAUGGUUCCUGAACCACGCGUUGUCAGUGCUGGAGGUAAUCUUCAUUUGGCUUCUGUGGGUUCCAACCAUAACAUCGUCACUUUUGAACGUAUGCAGUUCAAGACAGCCACCGCCAACAACGGCAAAAGACGUGCUGCUCAACAAUACUAUGAAAUCGCUAUUGAUCUCUGUGCCAACACAUCCACAGGAAAACAAUUCAAGGUGGCUACCAUUCACUCGGCUCCUUUGGUUGUUCGAGGCAGAAGUCCCGGCCAUUAUGCUGAUUCACACACACGCUAUCGUAGUAUGGAUUCAGGUCAACCUUCCUCAGCAUCUUUUGGUAUGACUGGAGGAGGAGGAGGGCCUAUACCAACCACAACCAGCUCCACACCGAACCCUCCUCCCCCUUCUUCUUCAACAUUGGCUACUGCUCCUAGCGCAGGUCCAGAAGAUCAUUAUAUGCAUUCACCUCAAUCUACUCGUUUUCCUGCUUCAGGAAAUCAUGAUUUUGGCCACCCUCCUUAUCCUUAUCCACCCUCACAACCUUCAGGUUAUCCCUCCUACCAAGUAGGCGGCUAUGCCCCCGUCUUGGGCACUCCUCCUAUUGGCUCUGGUAGAAAUGAAGAAGAAAACCCCCACCGGGAAAACAAUGGUUAUCUAAUGCAUCCUUAUGCUUCUCAUCCAUUAAAUCAACAACAAGGCAACGAGUAUUAUGAGAACAACAAUGACAUGUAUAAUAAUAAUAACAAUCAAGACAAUAAGUAUUGGGCUAGGGAACACAUGCCUACUGAACACAACAGAUAUAACAGCAAUAACAAUAAUACUAACACUAAUAAUAACUAUGAAUUUGGAUACAGUAUGCGUCCACAUUCUACUCCUUCCAACUCUGCUAUGGAACCUACUCUUGACGCUGGACGCCGAUAAACAAAAAAAAAAAAGAACAUUUAUUAUUACUCUAUAUAUUUUAUAUUUUAUCAUAAAAGAAUCAUUUCUCCCUAUUUUCAAAAGUGGUAAAAAAGAGAGAAUUAGGAAAGUAACAUUCAGGUUUCUGUACAACUAAA